CACAUUCACACAUCAAGUGUUUUUGUAUUAAUAUCAACUGUGUGCUUAGUCUGUUUAAAUGGUUGAUGUUUGACAGGGAGCGUCUUAAAUGUCCCGUUUUACACCAUGAAUGUACUACAAUAGCACUAAGAACAUAAUUUGUGUAUGCGUUUUGAAAGCUAAUAAUAGCUAAACACGCGUUGCGUAUGAUUAAUAGCAAUUAGAGCGCAAAGGGACCCCGAGAAACCCGCGUCCAGCCAGCUGCAUGGGUUGAGCAAUGUAUUGCGGCGACCGACUUUGUGCUGCUGCCUGCCUCGGAGAUAGAAUCCAUCACAGAAACAAACCGCCCCCUCCCACUCAGAGUGCCCCCGCUUCAGAUGCAACUCAAAAUACAUAAAGCCUCCCUCCAUGUUGCACGGGGACUCCGGGGCCAGCACAUAUGAACCGUUUGCCUGAAAGUAUCGCCUAACUUUAAUGUUGAACGACGUGCGUGCGGCGGCUUCGUGUUUUUUGGACAAGGGGAACCUUCCGACGGGCUAGUUCCUCCUGGUGUUUUCAGCGUCGUCCCAGACCACGGCCUCACAUUUUUUUUUUUGGAUGAUCCGAGCUGCUAACUGCUCACUCAAGCUACCUGCUAACUUCACUUAGUUAGCGACGUCGGUUGUAUUUUUCUUUUAUUUAUUUUUUACUUUAUUUUUAUUUUUUUUCCGCCGCACAUGAAUACUACAGGUGUUGCCCACGAAUAUACUUGUUUGUAGCGAUGAUAUUUUGCGGAAAGCCAUAAAUGUCAGCCAUUCCCUGGCUUCCAUUAAACAGCUAGCUCACAGCAGCUAGCAAGCGCGCUAGUACGAAUAACAUUGUGGGGAAAACAAAGCAGGAAUAACCACUCGUCUAAAUGGACCACAUGUCCAUUAUAACCCAAGUUUCCAACCCCAAGGAGGAGGAAAUAAUAUCCUUCAACCAGGAGAAAGCGUCCCAGUCAAACAGCAGCCUAAAGAAGCAGAGGAGCCGAAGCAUCUUCAGCACAUUCUUGUGCUGCUUCCGCAACUACAAUGUGGAACCGCCGACCUCCAAUACCAACACCAGCUCCCUCCCUCCACCUGUUGAGGAGAACGGAUCACCUCCCAAGUGUGACCAGGUCGAGGUCAUCCCUGUCCCUAGUCCACCAGCCAAAUACCUCCUACCAGAGAUGAAGAUUUCUGACUAUGGUAAAAAAUGUGUGGUGAUUGACUUGGAUGAAACACUCGUCCACAGCUCAUUUAAGCCCAUCAGCAAUGCUGAUUUCAUAGUGCCAGUGGAGAUCGAUGGUACCGUUCAUCAGGUGUAUGUGCUGAAAAGACCACAUGUGGAUGAGUUUCUUCAGAAGAUGGGGGAGCUAUUUGAAUGCGUGCUCUUUACAGCUAGCCUUGCCAAGUAUGCAGACCCUGUGGCAGACCUGCUGGACCAGUGGGGCGUGUUUCGAGCACGACUCUUCAGAGAAUCCUGCGUUUUUCAUAGAGGGAACUACGUUAAAGACCUCAGUCGGUUGGGGCGAGAGCUCAGCAACGUCAUCAUUGUUGAUAAUUCACCUGCCUCUUACAUUUUCCAUCCAGAAAACGCUGUCCCAGUUCAGUCCUGGUUUGACGACAUGAAUGACACGGAGCUCCUGGACCUGCUGCCUUUCUUUGAGGGACUCAGCAAAGAGGAAGAGGUUUACGGAGUACUGCAGAAUCUGAGAAGCAGGUAGCAGGACACACCACCGCGCCGCCUGUGCUCUCCAUCCGUCUCUGUCCCUUUUUACAGCCACAUCUCUGACUCAGGCAGAUCCUCCCACACGCGUCCCUCUUGUGUCUGCCUCAAGGGGUCGCCUUGGAGUCUCACUGUGGAAACCUUAAAGUAACCCCGUCUCUGCUCUCAUCUCCUGGUGACUGGCUGCCUUCUGAGUGCCAUCAGAAAAACAAAAACAUUUAAUAUCCCAGGAGCACUGUGUCUCACAAAAACCACACCAGAAAGCGUACAGAGCAACCUGAGUUGAUUAUAGCGGGGACAAAAUACUAAGAGGAAUGAACUCUGGUCUUUAUUUUCAAAUCGGCAAAGAUUUACUACAAGGUGAAGUGCUUAUUUUACCACCCAAAAAAUCUCUCUGUCCGAGACUUGUGUGUGCGGUACGACACACAAGUCUGAAAAGAGUUUGUCCUCAUAUUGUUGCUAUGCAGGCAGUUUCUGGUAGUAGAAAGGACUGUGAUUCUCUUUUCUUACUGAAUGAAGUGCCUUGUGUGAAUGUUGUUUAUAUGGGGAAAUAUUUUGUACACAGCAUAUUUCCACACAGAGUACUUCUGUCUUUUCACACACGAUAUGCUUUAAAGUGGACACAGACAAAUCCUUAUAUAAAUGUUGUACUUCACUAUUUCAAUCAUCAACGCUGGGCAAUUGUCUCAUAGUAUUCUUAUUUUUUUUCCCCAUUUUGCUUGUGCCAUUAUAUAGAUGUGACUUUUUUUUUUUUUUUUUGCUUGAUAGAAACAGUUGAUUUGUUUUAGGCACAGGAGUCUGUUUGCAGUUGUGACAUCACACCUGCAAGUAAAGUAUUUUUUUUUGUGUUUGAUAAUUGGUUCCGAAAGCUCAGAUAAAUUGUGCCAUUUAAAUUGUCUCUUUGUUGUCUCGCAUUACUCCCCUUAUUUUGUUGUAUUAUUUGCCAAAUAAGGAUCUUUUUUUUUUUUUUUUAACGAGCCUCAUAUCUUUACCAGUGGUUGAGCUCAAGCUGUUAAACCAUUAGUAGUAAGUAUAGCAUUAUAGGUUUUAUUCUUUUGACAAAUAGAUGUCAAAUUCAUUUGUAUGUUUUUAAUGUCUUUGUCUUGUUAUGCUCAUCAAAUGGCUAACUUUUAGCCCACGUUUUCCUUCUUUUGUUUUUGGCACACAAGUGGUGCAGUUUCACCCACACGAGGGGUGAUCUUUCUCUAAAAUUGUACACAUUUGCAAAGGUGUCCUUUUUUUUCAUUUUUUUUUUUUUUAUUUUAUUUUAUUUCAGAUGGUCUGGGAUCUUACAGUAGAUGGGUUGAGUGCCACGUUUUUACAUUUUCAUGACAUGGGUGUCUUUAGGUGAUAGUGUUGAGUGUUGGAGUCUGGCCAGUGUUAAAUCACACCAUUCUCCUCUUGAUUUACAUACGGUGAUGGUCUGGCCACGUCCAGGUCUGUAAAAACAAAUGGAGACCGCAUGUGGUGUUUAUCUUCCCAGACGUUUUUCUUUUUUUUUUUUUACUGCUCUUCACCUCAGUGCCUACGUUUGAGAAGAGCCCAGCAAACUGAAUGCUGCAACAUUAGCUGCCGUGGCAAUAACCUUUUCCGGUGGUUGUUUCCAUCCCAACUGUUUGGUUUGGGUGUCUAGAGCACUUGACAAAGAUAGCCAGUAGAGGAUUGUUAACAGGAAGGCUGGUCUGGUCAUCACAGAUUCUUUCAGUGGUUGUGAAUGAAAAUAUUUUCCACAUUAUUUGAUCCAGUUGUAGAAUCAACUACUUUAUUUGUGUUGGAGCGUGCUUUUCAAACUCAAAAUACUGAAACAACUUGAAUGUUGCUUGGUCUGUUUCAGUAAUGGCAGCCAAACAACAUGACAUUGCCAUAGUUAAAGGCUUUUUGUUGUGGAGGAAAACUAGAGGACACCUUCCAAGCCUACAGAUGGGCGUUCAGUCCUGGCCCAUCCAGACAGCCCUCCAAAGGUUAGGGUCCAGCUCUAAAUGAAACACUAUGGGGGCUCUGCAAAAGGACUGUGUGGAACCUCAUCGUGGCAUUGAUGCCUUAUUGCCCGUGGAGGCCCAAAGCAAUGUUUCUUCAUUAAUUCCAAGGUUACACCUACACGUUUUAGCAUCGUCUCUUUAGCGUUUUCUUGUGGAGUGUGAAACCAGCGCGGUCUUGUAUCUGGACCGUAUGUGAGGUGGGUUAACAUUGUGUAACAAUGCAACAAAGCGUGGAUAAAGCUCUGUGGUGCCAUCUAGGGAUCGUAGGCCCCAACAAACCUUAUUUGCUUUACUGCUCAGUUUAUGAGUCGUGGUGUUAUAUUUAAAAGACCUACACUACUUCAUAAUUUCCAACGUGUUUUUGUUUUCCAGUUGAAAGGCUGCUGCUCCUUCAGGUGUAUUUACAUUUAUCUCUCAUUCUUUUGCAUAAGCAUUUGUGUUGGUUGUGAGCGUUGAGCUCGCGAUGAUGGUUUCAGUGCAAUGUCCUUUUUAUAAGAAGCGUGCGGUCGACUCUUCUCAACCUCUCAAUGAUUACCUUUAUCUGAAAAUGUUGUUUGUACCAUUGUGAUAUUUUUCUACCUACAUUUUGUCAGUAUUUGGUUCAGAAAGUGGCAUAUUAUCCAUUGUAUCCAGCUGUUCCUUUUUCUGUCAGAUCUGUAAUGUCCCUCUCUCAUCUUUUGGUAAGAAAUCUCAGUCAGGUGUUGUCUUCUUCUGUCAGGGGGCGAGUGUGUGCGUGUGUGCGCACAGGCAUCUUGUUUGUGCUUCCUCAGUUUUUUCUUUGUCCAUCACUUCACUCAUCACAUAUUGGUCAUUUUGUAGAGUUCACACCACAGUUCUAAAACACUUGAGUUUCAGUCACUGUGCUUUUCUUUGGUACAGGUUCUUCACUUCUUUUUUUUUUUUUUUUUUAAUCACCUGUUGGUUCUUGUUGGCUUACUCUGAGUGUUGGCAGUGUGUUAUCAUCCUGAGCAUCUUUUCUUUUUUCCUUUAAUAAAAGGCUUCAUUGGAA